GGGAGCUGAGUAGGCUGCGUUCCCCGUGGAACGCGCCGCAGAACCAGAGUCCUGGUGACGACGGCCGCGUUCGCCCCUCAGCCCACUCGCCGGCCCGCGGCCCUCCACCGCUCCACCCCGCCAACCCGCCCCUCUCCUGUGCCAGGAACUGACAGGCACCAUGCCCCACCAAUACCCAGCACUGACCCCGGAGCAGAAGAAGGAGCUCUGUGACAUCGCUCACCGGAUCGUGGCUCCGGGCAAGGGCAUCCUGGCUGCAGAUGAGUCCACCGGGAGCAUUGCCAAGCGACUGCAGUCCAUUGGCACUGAGAACACCGAGGAGAACCGGCGCUUCUACCGCCAACUGCUGCUGACUGCCGACGACCGUGUGAAUCCCUGCAUCGGGGGCGUCAUCCUCUUCCAUGAGACGCUCUACCAGAAGGCAGAUGAUGGGCGUGCCUUCCCCCAAGUUAUCAAAGCCAAGGGCGGUGUCGUGGGCAUCAAGGUAGACAAGGGUGUGGUACCCCUGGCAGGAACAAAUGGCGAGACAACCACCCAAGGGCUGGAUGGGCUGUCGGAGCGCUGUGCCCAGUACAAGAAGGACGGAGCUGACUUUGCCAAGUGGCGCUGUGUGCUGAAGAUCGGGGAACACACCCCCUCCUCCCUCGCCAUCAUGGAAAACGCUAACGUCCUGGCCCGUUACGCCAGCAUCUGCCAGCAGAACGGCAUUGUACCCAUUGUGGAGCCCGAGAUCCUCCCUGAUGGGGACCAUGACUUGAAACGCUGUCAGUAUGUAACCGAAAAGGUGCUGGCUGCUGUCUACAAGGCUCUGAGUGACCACCACAUCUACCUGGAAGGCACCUUGCUGAAGCCCAACAUGGUAACCCCAGGCCACGCCUGCACCCACAAAUAUUCUCACGAGGAGAUUGCCAUGGCAACUGUCACGGCGCUGCGCCGCACAGUGCCCCCCGCUGUCCCUGGGAUCACCUUCCUAUCUGGUGGCCAGAGUGAGGAGGAGGCAUCUAUCAACCUCAACGCCAUCAACAAGUGCCCCCUGCUGAAGCCAUGGGCCCUGACCUUCUCUUAUGGCCGAGCCCUGCAGGCCUCUGCCCUGAAGACCUGGGGUGGAAAGAAGGAGAACCUGAAGGCUGCCCAGGAAGAAUACGUCAAGCGAGCCCUGGCCAACAGCCUUGCCUGCCAAGGAAAGUACACCCCAAGUGGUAAGGCGGGGGCUGCAGCCAGCGAGUCCCUCUUCAUCUCUAACCAUGCCUACUAAGCAGAGGUGUUCUAAGGCUGCCCCCUCAACACUCCAGGUCCCGCCCCCUCCCACACCCCCUCUUGAAGAGAGGGGGCCUUAUUGGGCUCCAGGCUGCUCUUUCCCGUCACUCUUGCCUCCCUUGUGACAUUGGUGCCUGGUGUUGUCCGUGUACGCUAACUCCACCAUUUCUAGCCUACUGCCAAUAAACAUCUAUUUAAGGGGGA